UAGUAAAGAGGAUAAAGGGCAAAAUGGGAAGAGGGAAAGUGGAACUGAAGAGGAUAGAGAACAAGAUAAACAGGCAGGUGACAUUUGCAAAGAGAAGGAAUGGGUUGUUGAAGAAGGCUUAUGAGCUUUCUAUUCUCUGUGAUGCUGAGGUUGCUUUGAUCAUCUUCUCCAACAGGGGAAAGCUCUAUGAAUUCUGCAGUAGCGCAAGCAUGGCUAAGACACUUGAAAGGUACCAUAGAUGCAACUAUGGGGCACUUGAUGCUAACCAAGCUGCAUCCAAGGAGUCACAGAAUUAUCAAGAGUAUCUGAAGCUAAAAGCUGGAGUUGAAGGGCUACAAGAAUCUCAAAGGCACUUGCUUGGAGAAGACUUGGUGCACCUAGGCAUUAAAGAUUUGGAGCAACUAGAAAAUCAGUUGGAUUCCUCAUUAAGGAGAAUUAGGUCAACAAGGACAAAACACAUGUAUGAUGAACUAUCUAACCUUCAGCAAAGGGAGAAAAGUCUUCUCGAAGUCAACAAAGCCUUAAAGCUAAAGUUGGGAGAAGGUGAAAAUGGUACAUUCACAUCAUCUUGGGAAGCAGAUAAUGUGCCAAACACACCACAGCACAGAAACUAUCAUUCUCAUCAGCCCCAAAGAUUCCUUCACCCUCUUCAACUAUGCAACACACCACAAAUUGGGUACGACCAGGAGGUAACGGAGCAACAAACGGAAAACGACGCCGUCGGAAACUCAACAUUAAAUGGAGCUGGGGUUAUUCCUGGAUGGAUGCUAUAAUUAAUCCUACGUGGACCGUCUUAUUAUUAUAAUUAUUCUAUAAUUAAGUAUAUUUAUAUAGUUUCAUCCAACAACAAAAAAAUAUAUAUUUACUAUUUAUAGAAUAUGUAUUGAGGAAAAUUGUAUGAUUAGUGCAGUGUUAAUUAGAAAUGCUGCAUGCAUGCAUAUUUCGCUUGUGGUAGCUCUGUACUUAAUUUUGAUGAAAAUUAUUAUAUGAUGAAUUAAGUGGUGAUUUGUGUAUAUAUUAAUAAAAUACUCAAUAAUUAUCAUAAUCCUUU